UUGACGUACUUCCGGGUCACUUCCGUGUUAUCCAGUCGUCACGUUUCAAGUACAAUUUUUGGAAAGCAAAUUGUAAAAAAUAUGUGAAAAGUUGGUCACGAGUGUCGUAAAACCAUGAAGAUUGUCAGUUGGAACAUUAAUGGCAUAAGAACAUUCAAGGGCGGAAUUAAAAAUGCGCUUGAGUCGCUGGAUGCUGACAUCGUAUGUGUCCAAGAGACAAAAGUAACAAGAGACCUGCUGGAUGAGAGGACUGCUAUUGUUGAAGGUUAUAACUCAUAUUUCAGCUUUAGUCGUGGACGUAGUGGCUACUCAGGAGUUGCUACUUACUGCAAAGACAGUGCCACCCCAUUUGCUGCAGAAGAGGGCUUGACCGGUCUGCUGACCACCAACCACGAGGGGACCAUUGGAUGUUAUGGUGACUCGAGUGAGUUCUCCAGUGAGGAGCUGCAGCUCCUGGACAACGAGGGAAGGGCUGUUCUCACACAGCACAGAGUCAUGUGUGAAGACACACCUGAAACAGUUACGGUUAUCAAUGUAUACUGCCCACGAGCUGACCCAGAAAAGCCUGAACGUAAACAUUUCAAACUGCAGUUCUACAAGCUGCUUCAAUAUCGGGCUGAAGCAAUUUUAGAAGCUGGGAGCCAUGUAAUCAUCUUGGGAGAUGUGAAUACAUCCCACCGGCCCAUAGAUCACUGUGACCCAGAUUACAUAGAGGAUUUUGAGGAUCACCCCGGGAGGAAAUGGCUAAACGGUUUACUGGUUGAUGACAGUGAAGGAAAGGAGUAUGAAAAAAACAAUGAGGAGUCUGAGAAUACCUCAUCAAAACCCCUCCGCAGCGGCAAGUUUGUGGACACCUUCCGCCAUUUUCACCCAACACGCUCCAAGGCCUUCACCUGUUGGAACACUAUGACUGGAGCCAGGCAGACCAACUAUGGCACACGUAUCGACUACAUCUUCGCAGACCAUCCCUUGGUUAAAAUGGGGUUUGUGGCAGCAGACAUCAUGCCAGAGGUGGAGGGGUCUGAUCACUGCCCUGUCUGGGGGAAACUGUGCUGCCCCCUCAUGUCCAGCGCCAAGCUGCCUCCCCUCUGUACCCGCAACCUACCAGAGUUCGCUGGCAGGCAGCAGAAACUCUCACGCUUCCUCGUCAAGAUGGACCAACAACAACCUGCCAGAGAGGCUUGCAGGGACCCACUACCAGGAUCUCAGGAGACUGGGGAGACCCGAGAGAACCUGAAUCCACUGGGAUCAGCAGGGACCACUUCCACUGGAAUGAAACGGAAGUUGGCAGUGGAAUCUUGUGUCCCAAAGAGCAAAAAGAUUAUGACACUGAAGGCGGCUACCCCAAAGCCCCAGGGCAACCUCCUAGCCUUUUUCAAGCCCAAAUCCAUACCUGUGGCCCCAACCAGGGAAGACCCUGUGAGUCAGUGUGAGAGGGGAGAAGAGAGAAAUGAAGUGACCCCAUCACAACCACAUACCUUCAAGGGAGGACAUUCUGCAGGACAAGAUGUUCCAUCAAUUCCAGGCACGCCGUGCACAGAAUAUCCCCAGGGUGUCUGUAUGGGAGACAAAGUCCAUGUACCGGGCAGCAACAUACAGGAUGCCAGUGUCAAUAGUCAAAACCAGGAGAAGGAUGCAGCCCUGGCUACUGUAGACCCCCCAUGUCCCAGGAAGGGGGCUUCACUGGGCGGGUUCUGGAAGACGGUCCUGCGUGGGCCACCUCCACCGCCCCCCUGUAAGGCUCAUGGGGAACCCUGUGUACUCCGCACAGUCAAGAAGGCAGGUCCAAACAUGGGCAAGCAGUUCUUUGUGUGUAACCGCCCUCAGGGCCAUGCAUCCAAUCCCGAGGCUCGCUGUAACUACUUUUCUUGGGUGGAUAAAGGAAAAUAGUGACUAUGCCGUAGAAACGCACUGACAUUUCCUCCAUGUGGUGUUUUUAUAAGCAUUGUUAAUCUGUUUGAUAUAUUAGUCAAAUAAAGACAGUAGUUUUAUAAA